AUGCAUAAAGCCGAUAUUGCUCUCGGUGCAAUCUAUUAUUGCCUGGACCCUUAUAAUUUUACUACAUAUACAGUUCCUCUAAGUAGGUCUGGCCUCACCGUAGUCGUUCCGAAACCUGGCAUUCUUGCUCCAUGGAAAACCCCAUUCUUGUCCUUUUCCGGAUUACUUUGGGCGGCAGUAGCAGCGUCAUUCGUCGUGGGUCUUUUCUUUAUUUGGUUUCUCGAAAAGGCCCAGAUAAAACUUGUAGGGAAUCUCACAAGAACUGUCCAAUCAGUCACUGAUGCAGCUAUAAUGCUGAUUGGACUUUUCAUCGAACAAGGAAUAGACACUCGGCCACGUGAACUAGCUUCCGGUACAGUACUUUUCGUUUCGAUGUUAUUCGCUGGAUUCAUGAUUGGAAAUAUUUACACCGCUGGCCUUGCAAGCAUUAUGACCAUCCCUCAGUACGCGAAAUCGAUCGACACUGCUCAGGAUCUCGCUGCUAGUGGACUUCCUUGGGGUGGUACGGCAAUUGCUUGGAUAUUCGCGAUAUCAACUGCUACUGAAGUAUAUUUCUAA